GCUCGCCGAGGCGCACCUCCUCUCCCCUCUCCUCCCCGCACACCCACUCCUCGCGGCGCCACAGCGCCCCGCACAAAUAUGGCCGCCCCGCGGUCCUGUGUGGGUAGAGGAGGCCGUGCCCCGCACAAACAUGGCGGCGUGGGCCACGACGGUGGCCGGGAGGGGCCACGCCUCCUACUGACAGCCCCGGGAGCGACAGGCCUGGGCGGCGUGCCCUGCUCAAAGAUGGCCGCCGGCGGCUUCGGCGUUGUCCGGAGGUGAGAGGUGAGGGGUGGCAGCGGCGGUGGCCGGGCUCCGAGAAGAUGGCAGAGAGCGAACGGCGGGCAGGCACCUCUGAGGAGGUGGCUCCUCCCCUCCAGCAGAGCUUCAUGAUCCCUAAAAAGGAGAUAAACAUGGUUUCUGACAUGGCCAAGUGGAAGCGCUCUCAGGCAUAUGCAGAUUACAUGGGCUUCAUCCUCACUCUGAAUGAAGGUGUCAGGGGCAAGAAGCUGACCUGUGAAUACAAAGUUUCAGAGCCCAUUGAAAAGCUGGUGGCUCUUCUGAACACCCUUGACAGAUGGAUUGAUGAAACCCCGCCAGUGGAUCAACCUUCUCGCUUUGGGAACAAAGCCUUCAGGACCUGGUAUGCCAAACUAGACCAGGAAGCAGAAAAGUUGGUCGCAACAGUGAUUCCCAAGCAUUUGGCUGAUGCUGCACCAGAAGUGGCCGUGUACCUGAAGGAGUCCGUGGGGAACUCCACCCGCAUUGACUAUGGCACAGGGCACGAAGCUGCAUUUGCAGCCUUUCUCUGCUGCCUCUGCAAAAUCGGUGUGCUCAGAGUGGAUGACCAGAUGGCCAUCGUCUUUAAAGUAUUUAACAGGUACCUAGAAGUGAUGCGAAAACUUCAGAAGACCUACAGGAUGGAACCUGCUGGCAGCCAGGGCGUGUGGGGCUUGGAUGACUUCCAAUUUCUACCUUUCAUAUGGGGCAGUUCCCAGCUGAUAGACCAUCCAAAUCUGGAGCCUCGGCACUUUGUUGAUGAGAAGGUGGUAAAUGAAAACCAUAAGGACUUCAUGUUCCUGGAGUGCAUCCUUUUCAUUACAGAGAUGAAGACGGGCCCCUUUGCUGAGCACUCCAACCAGCUCUGGAAUAUCAGCGCUGUGCCCUCCUGGUCCAAGGUCAACCAGGGCCUCAUCCGCAUGUACAAGGCAGAGUGCCUGGAGAAGUUUCCUGUGAUCCAGCACUUUAAGUUCGGCAGCCUGCUCCCCAUCCAGCCUGUGACGUCCUAAGGAGGCCGCAGGAGGAGUCGAGGCAGCAGAGGCGUAGCGCGGCGGUCUUCCUCCUCCCCUCACCCCCUCCUCAUCACCUUGCCCGUUACACACAGCCCAUUCAUUCCUGCACAUCCUCAUCGGCAACCACAGAUCCAAAGCACUCGCCGGCCUUGCACGGGAGACGGGACCCGGAGCGGCUCCUCCUGCACAUCCCCAGCACGGGGAUGUCUUGCCAGUGACCAAGCCGGGGCUGUGCUUCUCCGCUCUGCUGCAACCAUGGGCAGCACAACUGCUGUGUACGGCUCUGGGCAUGUGAAUGGGGUUUGAGUAGGGGCUGCCUUGGGGCAAAGGCCCUCUGCUUCCCUUCCGGGGAGGGAGGGGAUGUGGAGGGGAGGAAGGCACGUGUGUAUGUGUUGGGCAGUGGUAACUGCAAUUUCCCUUUUGAAUUUCACUUAAGUUUCCUGUUGCUGUUUGGUUUGGGAAACCACUGUGAGGGGUGAGGUGUGAGCCUGCACGUGUCUGUAGGCAGCCACCUCUGCCUGCAUGGGGAGGUCUGAAAUGGGUAAAGGAAGUUGUAGGGAAUGUCUGUGGGUUGCUGGAAGCCCAGGGUGCCAUCUCUCCCUUUUUCUGGGCAAGGAAAGCCCCCUCCCUCCAUCUUUUCUGCAAGGUUCCCUGGGUCUUCCUUUCCCACUACUGCCUCUUCUCGGGUGAAGCUGGGAACCUUCUGGGCUGCAGGGGUCUGAGCUGGCUCUGGAGCUGGAGACAAGGUCCCUGGAGGGACCCGGCUCUGUGGGAACAGCUAUGCAAAGACACUGCUUGAGCGGUGCCUGCUCAGGCUCCCUCUUAACAGGCACAGAACCUCACAUGUUCGCACACGUUCAUCUCUGGGUCCAACCUGCCCUCUGCACUCCCUGUUUCCUCCUCCAUGCUUUGCUGCCCUGGGGCUGGGCUGGCCUCAGUGGCACAAGGUGACUGUGAUUGCUACUGCUUGGUCAUAAAUUGUAGUGACAGCCCCAUAGCAAAGGGAUUUCCCCACGAAGCAGCAUGUUCCCCUGCUCUUUUAGGGAGGCAUCCCUGCAGCAAAGGCAGCAUGGGCGGGCAAGCAUGCAGCUUUACAUGCAUUUAUAUACUUGCGCUGGAAACAAAAAGCAUAAAUAGCUCAGGACAGCGGGUUAUACCUGGAGAAUGCUCUUUCUUUUUGUCAUUCCCUGCUGGUGUUGCUGUGCUGGACCUCGAGCAGAGGGACCACACUUCCAGUGCCACCACCAGCAGCGUCUCGAAGGCAGGUGAAUGAAUGGAGAUGUGGUCUGGAUCAUACCAGCAGCAUCACUACGAGGGCAGAAACGGCUGGUGCUGGGUUUUUGAUGAGCUGUGGUGUCCACAGGUCUUGACCGAGGUGGUCCACAGCUUCGCAGCUGGAGAGGGGAUGUUUCUUCUUGGGGUUCCCAGGCAGGGUGUUGGAGGGGGGACACACAUGGCUCUGGGCUGGUGUUUGCUGGGGGUCGGGGCAGCAGGGAUCCUUUCUCUGGUACUUCUGCAGACCAUGGAGGGGGCGGUGGUGCUGCCCCCAGCCAGGCUGCUUGGCUUUUGCUGCU